AUGAUUCUGGAACAGCUUAGUGCCUAUAACUCCUCAGAGACUACACGCGAAACAUCUUUUAAUUUUGAUGAAUAUAGAAAAAUAUCAGAUAAAAAUUCUGAUCAAGUAUCUGACAAUUGGUUAACUUGGUUUAUUGGGUUUUCUGAAGGUGAUGGUGCUUUUCUUACAGGAAAAGACAAACGUCUUGUAUUUGUACUAACUCAAAAAGAAACUGCUAUACUAAAUCAUGUGCAUGAAACAUUAGGUAUUGGUAGGGUUAGAACAUACGGUAAUUUUAGUCGUUAUCGUGUUGAUGAUAAAAAAGGUAUACUUGUUCUAAUUUCUUUAUUUAAUGGUAACUUGGUUUUAGAUAAAAGAAAAGUCCAAGUAAAAAGAUGA